AUGGAACAACUUACUCCGGAGCUCUUCCUCGUCGCCGGUAACCCUGACUCUUUCGUAGUCGACGACCUCCUUGACUUUUCUAACGACAACGGCCUACCCGACGACGGGUUUGACACUCCUCCUGAUUCCUCCGCCGUCCCCGUCGACGAACCCGUCGACAGCUCCAACUCCUCCUCGCUUUACGCCGACGGGACUGGGUUUUCCGACGACCUCUGUGUUCCGUGUGAGCAUUUAGCUGAAUUAGAAUGGCUCUCGAAUUUCGUUGAAGAAGAAUCCUUCUCUAAAGAAGACCAAGACAAGCUUCACUUAUUGUCCGGCUCAACCAAACCCCAAUUAACACACCAAAUUAAACCCGAACCCGAACCCGAGCCAGAAUUGGAUCAAAUCUUCCUUCCCUCCGACACCGAAGACUCAAAUGUUGCCGUUCCGGCCAAAGCGCGAAGCAAAAGAUCACGCUCUGCAGUCUCCACGUGGGCUUCCCGUCUUUUGGCAAUCGCCGGCUCCGACGAGACCGGCCUGAAGAAGAAACAGCUCAAAAUUAAAGAGCACGACAUCGCCGGGGAAGUCGACGGAGAAGGCGGAGAAAACGGAGGAGGAAGACAGUGUCAGCACUGCGCGACGGAGAAGACGCCGCAGUGGCGUACGGGACCGAUGGGUCCGAAGACGCUGUGCAACGCGUGCGGAGUGAGGUACAAAUCAGGAAGGCUUGUGCCGGAGUAUAGGCCGGCGUCUAGUCCGACGUUCGUGAUGGCGAGACACUCGAAUUCUCACCGGAAAGUGAUGGAGCUCCGGCGGCAGAAGGAGAUGCGAGAUGAGCAUUUGCUGAGUCAGCUUCGGUGUGAGAAUCUCCUGGAGGAUAUCAGAUCCAACGGUGACGAUUAUCUAAUCCAUAAUAAUAAUAACCACGUGGCUCCUGAAUUUAGACACUUAAUCUAA